CAAAAGUACCAUCAGAAAUGUGACCCUGAUCCUCAGCAGACCAGAGAGAGUAUCAUGGCACUGGGAAAACUGGCUUUCCACCAGCUGGAGAAAGGAAACCUGAUCUUCUAUGAGGAAGACCUGAGAGAGUGUGGCAUUGAUGUCAGAGAAGUGUCAGUGUACUCAGGAGUGUGUACCCAGAUCUUCAGAGAGGAGUUUGGGCUUCACCUGGGGAAGGUGUUCAGCUUCGUACAUCUGAGUGUUCAGGAGUUUCUGGCUGCUUUAUACACAUUUCUGUAUUUCAUCUCAAAAAAGAGAAAUGUGUUAGAGAAGAAAGAUCUUAAAAGUUUCAUCAGGAAGUCAAACAUGUCUGAUCUCCUCAGGAAGCCAAACAUGUCUGAUCUCCUCAGGAGUGCAGUGGACAAGGCCUUACAGAGUGAGAAUGGACACCUGGACCUGUUCCUCCGCUUCCUUCUGGGUCUCUCAGAGACCAAUCAAACUCUUUUACGAGACUUAAUGCCACAGACAGGAAGCAGAUCUCACAGCAAACAGGAAACAGUGGAGUACAUCAAGGAGAAGAUCAGGGAGAAUCCAUCUCCAGAGAAAUCCAUCAAUCUGUUCCACUGUCUGAAUGAACUGAAUGAUGAUUCUCUAGUGCAGGAAGUACAAACUUACCUGAACAGAGAAGGUUACAGUCGUCUCAGAGGAACCAGACUCUCUCCUGCUCAGUGGUCAGCUCUGGUGUUUGUGUUACUGAACUCAGAACAGAAGCUGGAUGUGUUUAAUUUGAGUAAAUAUGAUCCAUCACAUGAAUGUCUCCUGAAGCUGCUGCCAGUGGUCAAAGCCUCCAGAAAAGCUGAUCUGUGUGACUGUAAUCUGACAGAGGAAAGCUGUAGAGUUCUGUCCUCAGUUCUGUAA